CCAUCGCCUCGGUCGCUAUCAUGAUUCUAUGUAUCCCCCCCACCUUGUAAGACCCAGGACGGAAGCAGCUCUGAUCCACCGACGGCCACGAUAAGAACGAACCCGAGCCCGAGCCCGACCUAUCAAGGCCCACACGUGGUUGCGACGCCCCCUGCCAACCCCCUAUCUAGGUACAGAGUAUGAAGCCGCAGGAGCAUGAGCAUGCAAUGGCAUCCCAGUACCAACAAACUCAAAACGCCUCCUCCCAGCCAGAUUUGUUUAUUGUCCAUCUGCAGAGCAUCUCGCGAAACGUGCAACGUGAAAACGUGCCAAACAUACCCUGGCAUGUUGUUCUCAUCCAGUCUUCUCGCCGAAUUCUGGACCCUCCCUGCCCCAACUGGGCCCCGAAGUCCCCAAAUUCCCACCAUGAUCCCUUCGCUGUGUCUCAAGCCCGCCUGUCCCCUUGUCCCCCUGCCCGUCUGUGAUCGACAGGUCUCCUCCUUUUCGGAAUCGCCACCGCUUUCCCCCCAUGAUUAUAUAUGUAGAUCCGCGGCGCGUGUCUUACACACCCAUCUGGGUACCUUUCACAUCCACCAGGGCAGACUCUCUUUAUUGCUCACUCUUUUCCUUCGACGACUAAUUCGCGCCCGUGCGAUUAGACAUAAGACCGAAAGAGAGGGAAAGAGGGUAAGAGGGGGAAAAAAGAGAAAUAGAAAAAAGAAAAGAUGAGGACUUCACUGGCCUCAUCCGCCCUGGCCUUGGCCUUGGCGGGCGUCGUGAGCGCCGUGCCACAGAAAGUCGACGAAGACCACCUGUAUAGCUCACGCCUCGCCAAACGUGGUCUCGAUGCCGACGGAAACUUCAACGUCUGUAUGUUGGGCAUUCCUUCUGCGCGCCUAGGCCCCUUCUACAACCACCGCUAACAACGUCUCUCUC